AUGGCCGAAUCAACCAAUACCUCAAGAGGAUUAUCCUUCUCCGCCAUCAAUGGAGAUGGUACUGAAGAUAGGAAAGUAUCAUUUGAUAUCGCUACAUCACGAUUAUUGACUGAAAAGUCCAAAGCAGAGACCAUCAUCACCAAGCAUAUAGAUUGGAAGUGCGCUGUUGAGACUGAAUCCAAUUCUGAUAAAAUCAAGCAAUUACAAGUUGAAUUACAAAACUCGUGGAAGAUGUAUAAAGAUGAUCAGAGUGAGAACCCUAUUCCUGAAGAGGUCAGGAAGAUCUGGAUUGAUUGGGCUGAUCAUGAGAACCAAGGUGCUAAGGGACUUUCACAGGAGAUCCAGUAUGCUGCUUAUAUGUGGAUGAGGAGUAUUGAAAAUGAUUUGAGAGACAUCGAGAUCGAAUAUGUAUCUUGUAAUCUUUCUGACGGUGUGCAGAAAUAG